AGAGGGGAAGCACUCCAUCUAGAAUGAGUCUCUCUGGGGAGAAUGAGGGGGGAAGCACUCCCUCUAGUAUCUGUGAAGAGACUGAAGAGAGAGACACUGCUGCUAGAAUGAGUUUCUCAGGAAGUGAGGGAGCAAUGUCCCCUAAAAAUAGUUUACCUGCAGAACAGGACACUGGCAGUGAACUUAAGAGGUAAGAUCCCCAAAUAGGUUCAAGACAGACCGACCAGUCUCACCUGUGCCUAGCUGUGUCUCCAUGAAGAGUGACAGGUCUAUGCGACCUCCUAUUGACUUAAGGGAGGGAGACUUUUCCAUUGAGCAAAGGUUCAAGACAGACCGACCAGUCUCACCUGUACCUAGCUGUGUCUCCAUGAAGAGUGACAAGUCGAAGGGACUAAAUAUUUACUUCAGGGAUGGAGAAGUAUCUACUGGGCAAAGCAGUAUCUCUGAGAAGAAUGACCAGUCAAUGGAUCACCAACCCAGAGUCCUUACUGAUGACAAAGUGUACCAAACUGUUUCCACUAAGACCGAAGUCCAGGAUAAAAUGAAAUCCUACUUGAAGAAUAGGGCAUAUUCUUUAUUUGAGGGCAUUGAAGAUCAAGGAACAACAACACCUCUUAACAACAUCUACACAGAGCUCUGCAUCAUACAAGGUGAAAGUGGAGAGGUCAAUUAUGAACAUGAGGUGAGACAGAUUGAGACAGCAUGCAGAUUUCCAAUAGAACAAGAUACAUCAAUCCAUCUCAAUGACAUCUUCAAACCCUUACCUGGACAAGACAAGCCUAUCAGAACAGUGCUGACAAAGGGAGUUGCUGGCAUCGGAAAAACAGUGUCUGUGCUGAAGUUCAUGUUGGACUGGGCUGAAGGAAAAGCAAACCAAGACAUCCAGAUCAUCUUUCCACUUCCUUUUCGGGAUCUGAACUUGAUGAGAGAUAAAAAUCAAAGUCUGAUAGAACUAAUUCAUCACUCCUGUUUAGAAACAAAAGAAUCAGAAAUCUCAGAAAACGAAAAUGUUGUGUUUGUUUUUGAUGGUCUGGAUGAAUGUCGCCUUCCUCUGGACUUCCAGAAUAAUAAGAUCUGCUGUGAUGUCACAGAGUCAACUUCAGUGGAUGUGUUGCUGACAAACCUCAUCAAAGGGAAUCUGCUUCCCUGUGCUAAUAUCUGGAUAACCACCCGACCUGCAGCAGCCAGUCAGAUCCCUCCUGAGUGUGUUGACCAGGUGACAGAGGUACGAGGGUUCAAUGACCCACAGAAGGAGGAAUACUUCAGGAAGAGAAUCGGUGAGGAGGACCUGGCCAGCAGAAUCAUCUCACACAUAAAGACAUCAAGGAGCCUCCACAUCAUGUGCCACAUUCCAGUGUUCUGUUGGAUUUCAGCCACUGUCCUAGAGAGACUAUUGGUUGAAGCAGAGAGUCAAGAGAUCCCCAAGAAUUUGACUCAAAUGUACGCUCACCUCGUGAUCUUCCAGUCAAAACUGAGGAGUCAGAACUAUCCUGUAGAGCAUGCCAACGAUUCUCAUUGGGAUAAAGAGAUGAUUCUGGCACUGGGAAAACUGGCUUUUCAACAGUUAGAAAAAGGCCAUCUGAUAUUCUAUGAGGAAGACCUGAGAGAGUGUGGCAUUGAUAUCAAGGACGCGUCAGUGUACUCUGGAGUGUGCACUCAGAUCUUCAGAGAAGAGUCUGGGCUUAACCAGAUAAAGGUGUACUGCUUUGUACAUCUGAGUAUCCAGGAGUUUCUUGCUGCACUAUAUGUGUUCCUCGUGUUCACAAACGACAACAACAAUCUGAUGGCUAAAGAGAAAUCCCUCCGCAACAAAAACAGUCUAUAUCAAGAUGCAGUGGACAAGGCCUUGCAGUGUGGAAAUGGCCAUCUGGACCUUUUCCUCCGCUUCCUUCUAGGCAUUUCACAUGAGUCCAAUCAGCAUUUCCUACAAGGCCUACUGACACCAACAAGAAGCAGAUCACAGAGCAACAAGAAAACAGUCAAGUACAUCAAGGAGAAGAUCAGAAAGAAACUCCCUCUGGAGAGGUGCAUCAAUCUGUUCCACUGUCUGAAUGAACUGAAUGAUCAUUCUCUAGUGGAGGAAAUCCAAAGCUACCUGAGCUCAGGAAGUCUCUCAAAAUCUAAACUCUCAUUUCGACAGUGGUCAGCUCUGGUCUUCAUGUUGCUGACCUCAGAGAAGCUGGAUGUGUUUGAUCUGAAGAAAUACAUCAGAUCAGAUGAAUCUCUUCUCAAACUUCUCCCAGUUGUCAGAUCCUCUAGAACAGCCUUGUAA